GGGAAUGGGCGGUGCGCGGGGGGCCGGGUGACGCGGGGGUCGCAGCCCGCGGGCGGGCGGGCAGGGAAGGGCAGGGCAGGGCGGGCAGCGGCGCGGGCUCCUGCGACUGCCGCCCGCUGGGUGCCGGGGCCGCGGGGAGGAGGAGGAGGAGGAGGAAGGAGGGACGAGGAGGAGGAGGAGGAGGAGGAGGAGGAGGAUCCUCGCGGCCGCCGCUCCGCCGCGGGGGCCAUUCAGCGGGCGCGCAGAGGGGCGGGCGGCGGCGGGCGAUGCAGGGCUUCGUGAGGCUACGGCGCGGCGGCCGCAGGCUGUGAGCGCCCGCCCGCACCGCCGCGCUCUGCUCUGCUCCGCUCCGCCCGGCGCCGGCGGCGGCGCCCCCGGCCGGCCGCGCGCGCCCGCGGGGAGCGUGGCGGAGCAGCGCGGCGCCAGCAGCGGCGGGAAGGCGGGAGCGCGGCUGCCCCGGCGCCCGCCCCGCGCGGGGGGCGGCCCCCGUGUGCAUGCGGGGCGCCCCGCCGGGCCGCCGCCGGGCCGCCGCCGCCCGCCGGAGAUGAGGGACCGCCGCGGAGAAAGUUAGCGCCGUCGCCCACAUGCGCGGCCCCGGCCCGCGGCUCUGCGAAGGGAGCAGCGCGGCGGCGGGCGCAGCGAGUUUGAAGUGUUUGCCGGCGGGAAGAUGGCGGACUGGCGCUGAGCGCGCUGCCCGGCGAGCUGGGGCCGUCCCCGCGUUCCUCCGCAGCCCCCCGGCCCCCCGCAGGACACAUGCAGGCCAAAAAACGCUACUUCACGCUGCUCUCCGCCGGCACGUGUCUCGCCCUGCUCUUCUACCUCGGCGGCCUGCAGUGGAGGGCCGCCCGCAGCCCGCGCCGCGGCCAGCCGCCCGGUAGCCGGCAUGGCCCCGGCGCCGAGCGGCCCUGGCCGCGCUUCCCCGACGCCCUGCGGCCCUUCGCCGAGCGGCCGGGCCCCGACGGCGGCGGCGGCGGCGGGCGCGUCUCGCCCCGGCAGCGGCGGGACGCCAGCGCCGGGCUGUACCGCGGGCGCCGCUGCCGCAUGGAGUCCUGCUUCGACUUCGCCCUCUGCCAGAGGAACGGCUUCAAGGUGUACGUGUACCCGCAGCAGAAGGGCGAGAAGAUCGCCGAAAGUUACCAGAACGUCCUGGCGGCCAUCGAGGGCUCCCGCUUCUACACCUCGGACCCGGGCCAGGCGUGCCUCUUCGUCCUCAGCCUCGACACGCUAGACCGGGACCAGCUCUCCCCGCAGUACGUGCACAACCUCCGCUCCAAGGUGCAGAGCCUCCACUUGUGGAACAACGGCAGAAAUCACUUGAUUUUUAAUUUAUAUUCCGGCACCUGGCCCGAUUACACCGAGGACGUGGGGUUCGACAUCGGCCAGGCCAUGCUGGCCAAAGCCAGCAUCAGUACUGAAAACUUCAGACCCAAUUUUGAUGUUUCUAUUCCGCUCUUUUCUAAGGAUCAUCCUAGGACAGGAGGGGAGAAGGGAUUUUUGAGGUUCAACACCAUCCCUCCUCUCAGGAAGUACAUGUUGGUAUUCAAGGGGAAAAGGUACCUGACAGGGAUAGGGUCAGACACCAGGAAUGCCUUAUAUCACGUCCAUAACGGGGAGGAUGUUGUCCUCUUGACCACCUGCAAGCAUGGCAAAGACUGGCAAAAGCACAAGGAUUCGCGUUGUGAUAGAGACAACACCGAAUACGAAAAGUAUGAUUACCGUGAAAUGCUGCACAAUGCCACUUUCUGUCUGGUUCCCCGUGGCCGCAGGCUUGGCUCUUUCAGGUUUCUGGAAGCCUUGCAGGCUGCCUGUGUCCCAGUGAUGCUCAGCAAUGGAUGGGAGUUGCCAUUCUCUGAAGUGAUUGAUUGGAACCAAGCUGCCGUCAUAGGGGAUGAGAGAUUGUUAUUACAGAUUCCUUCUACAAUCAGGUCUAUCCAUCAGGAUAAAAUCCUAGCACUUAGACAGCAGACACAGUUCUUGUGGGAGGCUUAUUUUUCUUCAGUUGAGAAGAUUGUAUUGACUACACUAGAGAUUAUUCAGGACAGAAUAUUUAAGCACAUAUCACGUAACAGCUUAAUAUGGAACAAACAUCCUGGAGGGUUAUUUGUACUGCCACAGUAUUCCUCAUAUCUGGGAGAUUUUCCUUACUACUAUGCUAAUCUCGGUCUGAAGCCUCUCUCCACAUUCACUGCCGUAAUCCAUGCAGUAACUCCCUUGGUUUCCCAAUCUCAGCCUGUGCUGAAACUCCUGGUUGCUGUAGCCAAGUCCCAGUACUGUGCACAGAUUAUCGUUUUAUGGAAUUGUGAUAAACCCCUCCCAGCCAAACACCGCUGGCCUGCCACUUCUGUGCCUGUCAUAGUCAUUGAAGGAGAGAGCAAGGUUAUGAGCAGUCGCUUCCUACCCUACGACAACAUAGUUACAGAUGCGGUGCUAAGCCUGGAUGAGGACACCGUGCUUUCAACCACUGAGGUGGAUUUUGCCUUUACAGUUUGGCAGAGUUUUCCAGAGAGGAUUGUAGGAUACCCUGCUCGCAGCCACUUCUGGGACAACACUAAAGAGAGAUGGGGCUAUACCUCCAAAUGGACUAAUGACUAUUCCAUGGUAUUGACAGGAGCUGCUAUUUACCACAAAUAUUAUCACUACCUGUACACUCAUUACCUGCCUGCCAGCCUAAAGAAUAUGGUGGACCAACUGGCCAAUUGUGAGGACAUUCUAAUGAAUUUUUUGGUGUCAGCCGUGACAAAAUUGCCUCCAAUCAAAGUAACACAGAAAAAACAGUAUAAGGAGACCAUGAUGGGACAGACCUCCAGGGCUUCGCGCUGGGCUGACCCCGACCACUUUGCCCAGCGACAGAGCUGCAUGAACACUUUUGCCAGCUGGUUUGGCUAUAUGCCGCUGAUCCAUUCUCAGAUGAGGCUCGACCCUGUCCUCUUUAAAGACCAGGUCUCCAUUCUGAGGAAGAAAUAUCGAGACAUUGAACGACUUUGAGGAGCCCUGCUGAGGGGACUGAACUGUUCGCCCUGCCCAGCGCAGAUCCACUGACACAAGGAGCCAGACUGUACCAGGGACAGAAAAUACCUGAAAAUGGAAAGCUGAUUCACGGCUCCCAGGGGUUCAUUGCUCUGGACUGCUUCAAACCACCUCACAGGCUUCUGUCGCUCGAGACUAGGUUGUGUACAGUUUCAUUAUGGAACAUUAAAUAAUUAUUUUUGAAAUGAUUGCUAUGCAGGUUUAAACUUUUUUAAUGAUCAAAAAAACUAUUAAAAACAGAGUUCUUUCUUUAAUCAAAAUUGUGUUGGUUGUGAAUAUUUCAGAGCUGCCAUUUCUUUCUCACAUGCAUUUGAUUGCAAUUUUCAUUCAUUUUCCCCUGCAAAGUUAAAUGUUUGAAUCUCACAGGGAGAAAAUGCAGCAGUUACAGAAAAAAAUGGAGCAUGAGCAGGACAGAAAUUAAGUACUGUGUUUUUCACUUGCUGCUGACUUCUUUUUUUUUCUUCUGAGUUUUCCACAAGCCAAUAGCCAAUAUAGCAAAAUUCCAUUGGAUAGACAGAAAACUUGGAGAACUCUCAAUGCAUAAAACUAGAGUUAAGAUCCUUCUGUUUGGGGAUCUUUUUUAAAUACAGUCAGCCUUGUUUUUAAAGGGGAGAGGAGCAUUAUUGCCAAGGAACAAACCAAUAACACUGAGGACAGAAAGGGCUUCAUGCACAGCAAGAAUUCAGUGCCAUCUACUCUCUUACGAAUGGUUCACACCAAAUCACCCUCCCCAUCUCCAAGCACUGCUGUGGGCUGGAAGGGUUGUUGGGCAAAAAAGAAGACAUGUUAGUGCUUGAAACACAGGAAUUCAGCCUGUAACAAAUUGUUUUAUAUGAAAUCAAAUCAUGGCAGGGCUUUUUUUUUUUGUGAAGUUGCUGAAGUGCAAAUAGGUGGAGAAAUUUCUUCCUUGAGUCUGGACAUCUGAAUUAAACUGCAUUGUCAAUUAUUUGGUAUUGGUGGCAGCGAGUUCUUCCAAAUAUACUUGAAGCAGGGUAAUUCAGACAAAAAAAUCUGCCAUGAAAUACAGAUGUUGCUGAUGCUCAAAAAUGGUAUUAUCAUUUAAAAUGGAAGUAUUUUAAAUAGAAGUAUUGCAGUUGUUUACUUCUCUGUAGUGCUUUGCCUCUUUAGGUGUUUCGUUAAAUUGGAGAAUUAAAACAAAAGCGGUGAUUUAGCUCAGAAAGAUACCAUUCCAAUUUACUAAGACAACAAGCACUUUAAAAACCUUUUGGGGUAUACUGUAACAAUAGCCACUGGUGAGAACAAUGUUAAAGUCACAGUGAGAGGGUUUGGUGUCAAUGCCCAAAAGAAGACCAGCAAAUCUUUCUAUACCUCAUUCCUUUGUAGCUAGGCUGUCUAGUAACAGGGGUGAAGACUAGCUAGAGUAAUAAGAAGGUGCUUGGACCAGGAUUGUUAUUUUAAUUUCAGGUUCAGACACUGAUUUAUUAAGCAGCUUUAAGCAUCUACCAUAACUGAGGUAUGCCUCAAGUUUCCUCAUUUGUAAAAAUAAUAGUUACUGGUUGUGGAGGGAACGCUGUGAAGCCUAGGUAGCUACUGUUGAUGGUAAGAGCAGAAUUCCUGAACUGAAAGUGGCUUUGAAAGUGAAAAGUGCAUAUUACUAAUUGUUUUUAUGCAAGCUGACAUAUAAAGACUCGCAAAAAAUGGUUUGCUUUUCACACGCAUUGUGAUACUUGAACAGCACACGCGAGUUAGGGCAGAGGCAUCCAGUUCCUGACAUGUUGUGUUAAAUCUGAACCAAAUCUUUAAAGGAAUCUGCCAAAUCAUGUGUGAGAGGGACUCUAGCCCAUGACCUGCUGCUGAGGGGAAGAGGUACCACUUUACCCCCCACCUGCGCUGCUCUCUGGCCCAUCCCAGGACCUGGCCACGUGGCCUCACCUCAGACCCUUGGCCGGUUCUGGUGCCCAUCAGAUGCUUCCAUGAGCCCCUUUAACUCAAUGAACUCACAGAAAGCUGUCCAGUGAUUUACUGGAUUUUUUAUGCCAUUUUAGCAAGUUAAAUCAGCAUGGGGAGAGAUGUGAAAAGCUGCAAGGAUAUAUAGACAGGAACAGGGAAGGAAGGGGAGCAGGAUAUCCUCCUGCCAGCUCUGGUGAGCUGCUAAUUCAGCUCCCUGAAUCCCAUAAAACCUGAACUUUGCUUCCCUUUGCUGCCAGUUCUGCACUUGCUUAUUUGCAGGCAAAGGCAGAGUCCAGGGGUUUGGUUUUCCAGGGUGAAUUUCUCAGCAGUUCCCAUGCCCCGUUCUUUCGAAAGUCAGGCAGCUCUUUUGGGGACUGGAAUAUGUCUUCUCCUUAGACUUCUGGUUUUGGCAAAUGUUGUCCAACGCUGGUUGAGGUUGGCACUGCUCCCGCUUCGCUCGUGUCCUGGCUUGCGGGCAAGUGUGUGGAUGUGUCCACAAGGAUGUCUGAAGCUCUGAGGAAUAGUUAAUAGGUCUGUCACCAGCAAGAGGAGCCCAGCAGGGUGAGAGAAGGGUACCCCUUGGGCUCUUAUUCUGCAAAAACAAGGACUGCAGUUCUGCUAGGGUUGUAUUUAGGGGGGAACAUAUGGGUUGGGUUUUUAGUAAAAUGGGAGUAGCUCAGCAUUUUCAACGUGCAGCAAGUCAGGCCAAGCUUUUAAGCUGUUUGGCAUUCUGUUAAUGUCCUUUUUUGGGUGGCUGAAAGACUGUGCAAAGCUAGCUCUGACCGUGGUUCAAGGUUCCUUCUGUUUACAGAUCGCUAAUUAAACAAGUAACAAUAAAAGGCUUAACUCCAGAACGGGAGUUAAGGAUAGGUAUGGGCAUUUUUCUCUGGAGCACGUUACCGAGGCCUAACCGUCUCCCUAGGAAGGAAUGUACUUGGCGGCCAGUGGUGAUAAUGGCCACAGCUCUGUGUCCACGGGCUGGAGGUCGGGAGAAGAGCUGGAUACAGACUCAGUUUAGAAACUGGGUGUACCGCGCAGGGUGCGGGUGUUAUCAGCCAGUGCUCCCAAGGACACCAGGCAUGUUUCCAAGCCUCCUGUGUGUAUCCGCGGUGCAUAGGGCUGUUCUGUUUCUUUAGCAAGUGAAAUCACCCUUUUAUCACGUUCUGUGUGUGUGUUAAUGGUUCUUUAUUCUUUUUUUUUGUUUCCCCUUAAUUCAGAUGGUGCUGAAACAAGGUUCAUUCCUUGUUGCUCCUUUUGUAGGGUUUAUUUUAUUUUUCAUUAACAGCAGGCUAUGUUAGCCUUUACUUUACAGGUACUUGAAUGCCUGAUGACUUGACUGAGUGUUACGCAUGUGGCCUUUUGUAAAGGUUACUGACCUUAAUUUAAUCAGGGGUGAGAUGGAUGGAUGAAUGUGAAUAGAUCCAUGCCAUUAAAACAGAAUAAAAAUAGGUAUUAGAGUUUGGAAGAACUGAUGAAUUUUUAAUUGAAUUUAUUAAAAAAAAAAAAGAAAGAGAGAAACCCUUCCCAGUUAUAACUUGAAUGAGAUCUAUUGCUGGAGGAGGGUUUCAUAAUGAGAAUAAUGAGACACAAAAGUAGGGGCAAACUUCCAAGAUAGAAAGUGCCUGGCGCUCCUUGCAGGCCCUUGGGCCUGUGCAAGAUUUUCUUUGCCCUCUUUCUAUUUUGUGAAAAGCUCUAAUUAUUACCAUAACUUUUUCCAAAAGUGAAUGUUGAAGCUUUGUAACCAUUUCAUAAUGAACACACCAGUGUGCUAAUGCAUGGCUAUCAAGCGCUUUGAUCUUCUUUUCUGUUUGAAAACAUCAUAGAUUUGAUCAAUUUCAGAUUUCAAUUUCUUUUUAGAGCCAAUUUUGACAAAGAAAUUAAUCUUUCACCAAUGAGCGCCUUUUAAAAUAGCUCAUUUACCAAAACAUGUCAUUUCAAGAAUGGAAAUGAUCAUUUGAUGCCGAAACAAUGAAAGAACCAGCUAGAAGUAGACUCCAUAGGGGUUUUUUUGGAAAACCAUUAAGUUUCCUAGCAUAAAAUGCAGUGUCCUCCUUUUUCUAUCGCUCCCCAUACCCAAAACAAAAACUACCCAUGGUUGUCAUAACACCUAUACCGAUCAACUGCAAUUUUAUCAUUUCCUCCAAUUGGAUAUUCUCUUCCAGCAAGGGGUGGUUGGGCGGGUUGGUGCCUUUUCCAGGCUGGCUCCGCUGCUGAAGGGCUAACGCAGGGAGGUGGCCCUGACGGGUGGCACUGGGACACUAUGCGGGGUUUGGCGGUGACGCCCUACGCUCAGAGGAGUAAUUCGCUGGCGGUCUGCCCUGGCAGCACCUCGGCUGGCACCUGCAGCAGGACCAAACAGCACCUUCCAAAACGAUGUGCAUCUCACCCUUGUUUAAAACUAAGUCCAGCUGGCCUUUAUAUCACUAUUUUAAUUGUCUUUAUGCUCUUUUUUUAAGUUGGAGUUAAAUUAAGGGGGGUUGUUGGACUUAUCAGAUGCUUUUGGGUGCUCUCUCCCACUUUUUCAUGAUCUUUUUAGUGACUGUUUUGCAGUGGAUUAGUGAUGAUCCAGUGGGUCUUGCGACCUUGUACAUAAUCCUGUGUAUUUAUUUUGAGAGAAAAUAUGUAUAGUGUGUGGGUGAUGGGAAUGGAAACUUGAAAUGGGAAUUCUUAGGUGGGCAUAUGUAAAGCAAAAAAAACAAACAAAAAGUACAACCUUAUUUUGUAUAAAAUGUACAUUUUUGAGAAAAAUUUUCUAAUGCAUUACCAAUGUUUUCACCAUGCUGCCACAUCUUUUUCAAAGUGUUCCCCCCCUUUGUUUGACUAUUGACAACAUGGUGCAAUUAAACCUAAAGCAAGUGUGUGAAUGAGAGGAAAAGAGAGAAUGAGAAAUUAAAAAGCCAUAUAAUUUGGUUUACUUCAUUAACCUGUAUAACAUCAUAGGUUUACCAUCUAAGAUAGGUUGUUUUUAUAGAUAGUGUCACCAAAGAUGUUUUUUCUUCAGAUUUAUUUUGAAAAUUUGUUAAUAAAGGACAUACAUUUCUGUU